AUGUUGCUAACACGCAGUAAAUGCAGGGCCUAUGUCACCGUGCAGUCUAAUGAAAUCGCUAAAGCCAGUCUACACAUUGCCCUUCCAUGGUACACGCACUUGUACACCAUUCCUUUCCUCUUGCUCUAUCUGCUUCUCGUGUAUGCUUAUUAUAUCAAGUACGACGACUGGUUGAAAAGCGAGGAGUGGACUUCCCUAGCUUGUGUAUCGUUAGGCGCGCAGCGCGAGAGCUUGGAGAACAACACAAAAGUUCCUGCCGACAUUCUUCUUGUGCAAGGAACAUGUAUCGUCGACAAUGCCAUGUUAUCAGGAGAAUCCACGCCACUACUCAAGGAAUCUAUCCAGCUUCUUGACAGCAAAGAUAAACUCGAUGUUGACAGCGCGCACAAGAAUGCAGUUCUGUUCAGUGGAACUAAAGUGCUUCAAGCAAGCCCGACAGAUCAAGGACAAGUUACUGCAGCGACUCUGGACAGGGGAUGUCUGGGACUUGUUUUGAGAAUCGGUUUCGGCACAGCCCAGGGGCAGCUUAUGGAGUAG